UUGGAUGACCAGCACAAUGUCAGAUGUACGAAAAUUACUGUUCUAAAUAACAAAAUGUAAGUACUUCUAAUUUAAAUGAUAAAAAACGGCUGCAAUAGUGAACACUACGUCGCGGUGCUUAAAAGCUAGGGUCUGUCACUUUAAAUUUUUAAAAUAUAACUGUUAUAUUAACUCUUUUUUUUUUUUUUUUCUUUUUUUUAAACUUUUUUUUUAGCUAUCGUCAAGCUAUUAAACACAUCUUUGCCUUUCUUCUGAUUGAACGGUAAGGCAAACCGAUAAAGUAUUCGCCGCAUUGUUUCUUUGCCCUUGGGCGGGAAACGUUCCGGAACGAUUUAUCAGUUGGGACGUUUAUGUCAUCGGUUAGACGAGGCAUCAGUUUCGUCAACGAAUUCCGACUGACCCGUUUGUCCUAGGAUAGCUACGCCUGGCUUGGCGGUUUUUUCUUCACCGUCGUCUGCUAACAUGACACAGACACUCGAGGUGCGCUUUGGAUACUAAGCCGGGUGGACCAACCAAACAUUCGGUAGAAUGAGGUAUCUGGAAUGGCUGUUUGGUUUGGUGGCCAUUUUUUUACUGGAUAGGACGAACGGACAGAUGCACGUGUUUGACUGUCCUAAUGAUUGGUUGCUCUUCAAGUACCACUGCUACAAGUUCGUCAGUUUUCCAGAAGAGAAUUUCGAAGACGCUAGAGCAGCCUGCAAUUUCCACGGAGCCGCCUUGCUGAGCAUUUCCACAAAAGAAGAACACAUAUUCAUCAGCAACGCACUUCUCAACCUUGACCCUUACCAACGGUCGUGGUACACGAGUGGCACAAGAGAUUCGGCGCAGGAUGGUAACGCCACGUUUAUUUGGCAGGGUGCGGGCGCACGCUUCCUGUACGACCAGCAGUACUGGCAGGACAACGUCGACAUGCGUUCAGGAACCAUCGUCGUCUACACCUACGCUACGAGCGGGUACGACUGGACACUGGCUAAUACGCGAGACGUAUUACCGUAUAUCUGCGAAAUCAGUCAGUCGGAAGCGUACAGGAUAGUACGAACAGCUAGAGACUACGACUACGGGUUAUCCCGAAACGAUCCCGAAGAGUUCGAAACAGGUCCAUACUUCGUGGUGCAACAAAACAGCAUGGUCGUUGUUGGCAGGACGACCAACAUCGAACUGGAAUAUAUAGCCAAUGGGAACCCUUAUCCUACAUUCAAAUGGUACCGGGGCGAAAACUUUGAGACGGAAGUGACGCCUGACCUGGACUCGAGAUACAUGCUGACCAAUGGGAAACUGACGAUUCACAAACCGAAUGAGAACGAUGAUGCGGCGGAUUACAGGUGUAUUGUGGAGAACAAGUUUGGAAAACUGCUUGGAGAUCCCUUACAGCUGUCGUUUGGAAUGCUGGGCGAGUUCUCCAAUGUCCCCGAUGCUGCAGUGAACGCCAAGGCGUACGAAGGAGUCGCGAUCCAGUGCAGUCAGAUACAGUACAAACCAGCUGUGAGAUACCAGUGGUUGAAAGGUGACACCCGUACCUUUGUACGGCCGGAAAUGCAGACAUAUAUAUUCAUCUCAGCCAAUGGGAGGCUUUAUUUCUCGGAAGUGACGCGAAUCGACGAGGGCGAUUAUCGAUGUAUCGCUAUCUUGAGCGGGGUCAGCAAGUACACGAUUGGUACGUCACAGCCGCCAACUCGCACCAGCAUGGCAAUAUCACUUCAAGUACAAGAUCAAGCGGCUAAAGCGGACUGGGGUCCAGAAAUCCAGAAUGAUUUCAUUGCUGUAUUCCCACAGCCUCCCAUGAGAGGACAAGAUGUGCGGCUGGAGUGCUUCGCCUACGGGUCGUCAACGACGCCAUUUGUGUACAAGUGGCACCGCGUAGGCCGCUCCAUGCCGCGGACUGCCUCGCUCCAGGACCACAACCGGGUCCUUCUGAUCGAGGAUGCGCAGUUGGAGGACAGCGGGACGUACACGUGCUCCGUGAGCCGGGGGUCCCAAGCCGGCGACUCCAAGUCCAUAAAUCUCCAGCUUUCAGCGAAGCCAUAUUUCAUCGUUCCACUUGGAAACAAACACGUCGACAUUCACUCACAACUCACAUGGCGCUGUGUUGCACGUGGUAAUCCGUCUCCAGUGUACACGUGGUACAAAAAUGGCAGCCCCCUAGCGACACUUGCAGGGGACAUAACUGUAGCGGGCUCGACGUUGAUGAUUCACAAGCUGGAUCCGGCUAAACACAACGGGAUGUAUCAGUGCGCGGCUCACAAUAAUCAAGGCAUCUCUUUCAGUGGGGCCCAGCUCAGGGUUCUAUCUUUCAAACCAUCCUUUCUGAAACAUCCAUUACCACGCAUCACGGAGGCAGCCAUUGGAGGUAACAUCACUCUGAUCUGUGAUCCAGAGGGAGCACCACAGCCGGCUCUGAGCUGGUUUAGAAAUGGGGCGUUGCUGCAGUCAACUGCGGGCCAUUUUCAGAAGCUGCGCAACGGUUUUCUCCUGAUUACAAACGUACAGGCGUCUGAUGAGGGCAGAUACGAGUGCAAAGCCGAGAACAUCAAUGGAGAAGCGUCCAGCUCCACCCGUUUGACCAUAAAAAAGGCUGCCUCGAUCACGACGGGUCCCUCCGCGACCACGGUGACGGUUAACGAGACUGCGUUUCUGUACUGCCAAGCUUCCUAUAACCCCCACAUAGACCUCGUGUACAUGUGGAGGUUUAACGGCCACGUCAUUGAUCCGGACGAGAACAACCACUUUGUCCAGGAGCUGACGCCCAUCAAGUCAGGUCUGUACAUCCAGAACGCACAGUUCCAUCAUGCAGGCGAGUACCAGUGUUCUGCAGUGUCAGCUCUCCAGUCAGAUACCAGAUCAGCCUACCUCAAAGUAGUUGGCCCUCCCGGCGAGCCGGCCGGUGUUCACGUGGACGCUGCCACUGUGACGAGUUACGGGGCCCAGGUGAUCUGGACGGCCGGCACCGACCACGGGCGACCGGUGGAGUACUACAUGAUUGAGGCCAUGACCAUGUUCAAGUCCAAUUGGAGAGUGAUCAUCUCGCGUUUGCUUGUUAGGGACGCAAUCACGGAUGAGGACACCAAACUGAGGGCAAACGUGGAACAUCUUCGUCCUGGAAACGAUUAUCGCUUCAGAGUCCGAGCUGUCAAUCUAUAUGGGUCGGGACCAGCAAGUCUGCCGUCAGCCUACGUUCACACAAAAAGUGCUCCACCAGCAAUAGCGCCGUCUAAAAUCCGCGGAGGAGGGGGAAGUGUGGGCGAUCUCACAAUCAAGUGGGAGCCUCUGUCUCGUGAAGAACAUGGCGGACAUGGUAUUGGCUACAAUGUGUACUGGAGACGGCUUGAUACCGGCGGUAUUGGAGGGGGCUUGUUCAGAAAGGGCCGGGUUGACGGGAACUAUGGGAAGUUCGUCAAUCUUGUUGGAGACGAGAACUACUACCUGGAGUACGAGGUCAUGGUCCAGGCCACCAACAACCUGGGAAUGGGACCCAACUCCACCAUCGAGACGAUCUUCUCCGCUGAAGCGUUGCCUGUGGGAACUCCUACGAAUGUAAACUCUGACGCAUUUAAUGGAACCGCCCUGCAGGUUUGGUGGGAUCCAGUGGAAGACACGAGAGCCACGAUGAAGGGUAAAGUCCGAGGAUAUCAGAUUAACUACUGGGCCAUGGGCGCCGAAGACCCCAUAUUCUACAGGUUCAACCGGUUUCUGGGUCAAGUGGACACGGGCGUGGUGAUUGGCCUCACCCCCUGGGACAUGUUCUAUGUGGAUGUGCAGGUGUAUAAUUCCGCCGGGCUAGGGCCGAGGAGUGAGGCGUUCGUUCAGGAGACUGUUGGCUGGUCUGCCUUCCACUACCCACAAGAAGUCCGUAUUUUCUCCCACGGUGCUGACAGUGUGCGCAUCUGGUGGAGAGGAAUUAGCAUCACAUACCAGGAAGAAACUAUUUCCGGUUGGAGGUUGUAUGUUUGGACGGCCACGGAGGACUUUCGGUCGUACACUGCCUACGAUGUGGAUUUGGUGUUCGAGGCUAUCGUCGACGGUCUGGAGAAGGGUAUUCUGUACUCAGUGAGGAUCGCGGCCAUCAGCGCAGGGGGCGAGGGCAAAAAGACGCCCACUAGAUAUUUCACUCUGGGUGGACAAGUGACGAUAGAUUCGACAAUGUCAAGUUCGUUUGAAAUUGAAGCUAAAAGCACCCGUAGCACGUCCAGUGUCUGGACGACCGUCUGUCUGUUACUGCUGGUGUCUGUCAUCUUAUAACCAUGCGUCUGAGUAUCACUGUUAGGUGGCUCAUUGAAAGUGCAUCUUCCUUAAAUUGUCAGACCCUAGAUUUUAAACACUUCGACGUAUUAAAACCUGUUAAAAUCGUUUUUGAUCAUUUAAAUUAAAAUACUUACAUUUUA